GAAAAUACAUCAAAAUCAACCUUAAAUUCUAAGUAAAAAGGGGCAUAAUUCAUAAAAAAAUGGUGUCAGAGUUAUGCACCUUGUGUCACAUGAUGUGGGUGAUGAGGUGGAACAUCUAUUUUAAGUUUGAAUCAAAUCCAUUUAGUAAUAACUGAAAUAUAGUGAAAAUACAACAAAAUUAACCUUAAAUUCUAAGUAAAAGGGGACAUAAUUCAUGAAAACUUGGUGUCAGGAGUUAUGCACCUUGUGUCACAUGAUGUGGGUGAUAAGGUGGAACAUGUAUUUUAAGUUUGAAUCAAAUCCAUUUGGUAAUAACUGAGAUAAUAGAUUUCGGGACGCGACGGGACGCGACAAAACUGACUCCUAUAUACCUCCCUCAAACAUGUUUGGUGGGGGUAUAAUAACUUUAAGGGAAGCAACUGAAAAGAUGUAUGGAAAUCAGGACAUGACUGAGAAAACUAGACUGAAACAAAACCUAGACACAUUACCUUUAAUAAAAGAUUAAAAUGCUUCAAAGGGAUGUAUUCAGAAUCUAUGAAAGACGCUGCAUAUAAAGAGCUAUCGAAAUUUAAAACAAGAGCGCCACCAAGCGGGGGAAUUUACGCCCUAUGGGUUACAUCACAGGAUGGGAGCAAAAUUUAAAGAACUUGACUGUUGAAGCCCAAAGGACAGGAACAACAAAAGAAGAAAAUAAAAAUUGUCCAAGUCCAAAAAAAAUUCUUUCUACGUAAAGCUAUGUCAAAAUGUAUCUUGGAUGUACCAUCCAUGCUGUACCACAGAAAAGUGGUUUCAGUUUUUCUCUACUACAAAUAAUAAAAACAUUUCAAAAUAAGCUAUUUAUAGGCAAUUUAUAGUAACAAAAAAGGAAGUAAUUAAAAAUAUAUUGUAAGAGAGCAAAAAGGCAUUUUGCCAAUUAAAAACAAGAGCACUGCAAUGCAGAGCAAUAUAUACAAAGCAAAGUCAUAUAUGACCUUUGACUCCUGUGACCUUGAAUUUGAAAUGAGAGAUCCAAACAUGCGCUUUGCAUGUCGUCUUGGUGUGGUGAACAUUUGCGUCAAGUUUCUUUGAAAACCUUCAAGGGAUUAAAGAAUUAAGAGCGGAUAUGAAAUUGCUAACACACAGACGGACACCGGGACCAUAACAUAUUACGUCCCUUCGUUCGUAUAAAAACAUACAUAUAUAGAAGAAUUUACCAAAGGAAGAGGAAGUUACCACCAUUACACUUGCUUCGGAUACAAAGAAAUAUUCUUAGCUUAGAUGAUCUCUUGUCAUCUCAAGACUCACACUUUUCAACGCAAGUCGCGGAGAAAAGCCUUCAAGAAUCCUUUUUGAGGAAUGGAAUGAUGCAGGGAAGAAUUUAGAAUUACUGAUGAAAAUCCUUUUCUGUUCCACAAUGUCCUGUAAUGCUCACUGCUCCGGGUGGCAUGCAGUGAAGUUUGUUUCUGGUGGUGUUGGCGUAAACAUCAAUGCAACGGAAAACAGACAUCGUGUACCAACGUUCUAUGCAAGUUUGGACAUGUCACGUUCAGACCAGAAACUAUUCUUACAGAACCUUGGUUACGAUAACUUUAAUCUAUUACUGAUUCGGUGGCGUGCAAGGUAUAACAAGAUAUACAUAUUAGUUUCAAAUGUCGACUUUAUGGAUAGAGUAGUAAAUAUCGCCUUCAGAUAAAAAGAUAGUUGCUAUUUGAAAAUGUAAACAAACAUUGCACAAUAUCCUAUCAAGUCAAUACAUUAUUGAGUUUCUUUUAGUAUUAAUCUUAUACUCUUCUGCCAACAGAAAACAUUUCAAAAUCGGACUUUAGAUCGUACGCAUUAAAACUACAAAAUGCCUUCAAAAUUUGAAACAAAAAGAAAACAACAGAAAGUCAAUGAUGAAAUCGAGCUUUUGUUGAGGUAUUUGAUACAAAUUCCAUCUGGAAAAUUUAUAGAUAAAAAUGUUAUUAAAGAAAUAGCAAAAAAUAUUAAUACAGACAAUACUGAAUCAAAUAUACAGGAGAGUGAAUAUGGAUUGGAGGUUUUAAACGAACUUCUCAAACUGUUCAAGCUUGAAAGAAGAAGAAGAUAUUUAAAUAAAACAUUUGAGAUUAACAAAUUAAAAGACAUGCACCAAAACAAAAAAAGGAAACUUGAGACGGAGGCGGAAGAAGCUCUUCAAACUGAAAUAAAAAAUCCAUACAAUGUGUGACCAGAAAAGAAAUGAUAGAAUAAAACUACAGAUUGGAUGGAUGCAUUAUUCAUGUAAAACAUCGAAAUACAUUCAAAUUAGGUCAGGAAAGGGGCAGGCGGGGGGAACGUUUGAAUGUGUGGUGGAACGCGACAUCAGUUAUGAUGAAUUACCAUUCUCAUCCAUCAGAGGUUCGUCAAAAUCCCGAGACGAACCUCUGAUUUAUUUCCAUCGUUUACUUGGUGAGCAUGCGCACUCGUAAUUACUAUCGGGAGUGGUUUCAGCCAAUCAUUGUUCGCCAUUAUUUGGAACUCCGAAUUGAAACUUCAAAAAAUAUGUAAACAACUAUAAUUAAGAUACUUGCUUACGAUGGAUAAAGGCUGUAUUCCACGAUUGCGAUAAAUAAAGAUUUAUUCCUGUAAUUCGACGUUCAGAGAUUUACAUCAAGAAAUAAUAAUAUUCGCCGUAAAUGGACAUCGUAUUCCCUCGAUAAUAUGGUAAGGACGCGGUCACGCUUUUCACGGACGAUUUUGAUUGGUUCGCUACGAUUUGUCGCGAAACGACGCUGAUUGGCUGAAACGUUUUACCUGUAAUGUAACCAAACCAUAAAUAUCGGCGAAAUGUGCCAGAGGUUCAUCCGGGGAACCACGGUAGACCUCUGGUAUGCGAGAAUGUGAAUUACUGGAGAAAGCUUUAGGAAAAUUUUAUCCUAAAGGAAAGAGUAAGAAAGGUUACAAAGGAAAUAUGUCUAUGUACCUUGGAACUUCUAAGGGCGUUGAAAUAAGCAGAGAUGGAUUCAGUCUAAUGGAAUAUAUUAAUACAAGCAUCACACAGAAAUUCAGGAUAUAUCUUCUUUCCAAGCCAAAGAUGCGGGCGGCUGUGUAUAAUGUUGUAAGAUGCUACCGGACAACCGAAACAUGAAAUUUUACUAGUUUUGACCCAUUUUAUGAAAGGGCAAGAAAUAUUUUUACAGCAAGGAGGCGGUCAGUUAUCCCAUGGACAUAAAAAGUGUGCAAUCAUGUGUUUUUCUCUUCGGUAGGAAUAAUGACUAUUGACAAAAUUAAUCUUAGUACUCGGAAGUAGAGAUAUCGAGGGGUAAGUGCCAGAAGGUGCUAUGUACCACAUUUAACGAUUUUCACUUUUUGGCAUUUUCAGGUAAAGCUUUUCAAGGCGCACAUUUUGCACAAAUCUGCGUCAUUAUAUCUUAAUUAUUUCUUAAUUAAUUCAAUCAAGAUCAAACCAGUCAUGUCAGGAUCUCCAUUAAUGAGUUAUGCCAAAAACAGCUUUCAUUACAUAGCAUGUUACCAAUGUAAGUUUAGCUUAUUUGAAAUUGACCAAAACAUUCUAUACACUUAUAGCUGCCCUUGGCAGGCUGCAUUUUAAGUUUUUAGAAGGUUAAAAAAAUUUCCAAAACAUGAUAUGUGAAGAUAGCUCGUUUUAGUAGAGCAGUUUACUACAUGUAACAAAUUAACCCAUCUUUGCCAGUACAGGCUAUAUAAAGAUGGAACCUAAAUCUUACUAAUAAAAUACAAUAGUGCAACAGCCAUAUUAUGCUAUUUCAAGAUAGAAGAUUCUGGUUGAUGCCCCGGUAGUAAGAUCGUAUGUCAUUUGCGUAUCAAGAAGCAGACAUUCCAUAAUAGGUUGUUUAGGCGGUGUCAAUUUCCACUGUUGUUUCAAUAAUUAGGUGUUGAUAACAGGCUAUUAAAUUUAAAGUGUGUGGCAGAUUUUGUAUUUUGCACUGGAAUGUUGAACAUUAUGGUCUAGGAAUUCCUUCUGUCUGAAUGUUUUAGUAAAAAAAGGUGGAAGUUAUUAAAGGUAAGGUUUAAAUUACUACUUAAACAUACAAAAGUUUAUAAAAGUAAAUUUGAUAUUUAUUUGAGUCUUAGUUUGACCAUUGAACUUUCAUUGUUAUCAAUUUUCAGCAAUAUUUAUUUAAUUCUAAAUACACAAAUAUGUAAAAUAAAUCAUGUUAAAAUAUAUGAUUUAAGCUUACCUACAUUGAUAUUUAAAGUUUAAUUAUAACUAAGAACUGAUAAUAAACAGACAAUUAUAACCUUUUUUCAGAUGGAAAACGAAUGGAGUGAUUGGUCAGAUGAGGCCACAAUGACACAAUCUGAUAGUGAGCUAAUACCUAAAAAUGGAGAUGAAAGCAUUGCAACACAAUAUGAUACAGAGAACGAAAGCAGUAUUAAACAGAGUAAAACACAAAAUGAUGAAACAGAAGAAAGAAGUGAUAAACAUAGUGAAACACAAAUUGAUAAAAAGGAUAAAAGCAGUAACAGACAGAGUGCAACACAAAAUGACAAAGUGGAUGAAUUAAGUGUCACACAAAAUAUAAUGCAAAAUGAUGAAAUGGACAAUAUAAGACCUGUUGAUCUGAGUGCAACAAAAAGUGAAAACCAGAGCGAAAGCAGUCUUAUACCGUGUGGACCGCAAAACGAGAAAACAGACGAAAGUAGCGUUAAACUGAGUGCAACACAAUGUGAGAAAAAAGAUGAAAGCUGUGUUAAACAGUGUGCAACACAAAGUGAGAAAAUUGAUGUUAGCAGUGUUGAACAGAGUGAAACACAAAAUGAAGAAGUGAAUGAAAGCAGUGAUCAACAGGGAGCAACACAACAUGAAAUAAUUCAUGAUAACAGUGUUGAACAGAGAGCAACACAAAAUGAAGAACCGAAUGAAAGCAGUGAUAAACAGGGUGCAACACAACAUGGAAUUAUGCAUGAAAGCAGUGUUAAACCAAGUGCAACACAAAAUGAGAAAACAAAUGAAAGCAGUGUUAAACCAAGAGCUACACAAAACGAGAAAAUUGAUGACAACAGUGUUGAACAGAGUGCAGAACAAAAUGAAGAACUGAGUGAAAGCAGUGAUAAACAGGGUUCAACACAACAUGAAAUUAUGCAUGAAAGCAGUGUUUAAA